GUACCACUGACCGCCAGUACAGAGGGCUGUACAGAGAUAGUCGCGCCUUCUCGCGUUAGCUUCUAUGGCGACCAGCUACAGAACUGUUCUUUCCCUCGACCAGCCGGUUAGCUCCUAUUAGAGAGCUAACGGGCGUCCAAUAAAAUGGGAUGAUGUAGCGGGAUAACUCCAUGGAAGAACUGCGCAGUGCUUUAGCAUGCUAAGCUAACCCAUAGCCAUACACAUUUGCUUGGAAACUAGCCAGUAACUAGACCGACCGACUACGCUAGCACAGGCUAGCAUUCACCUGCGGGCUGUUCCUGCUAAUCAAGUGGCGUCGCCGUUGCUUUCUAACAGGAUGGAAAGUGUGAAGGAAAACGAGUCUGGAGCGCUUUCGACUACAUCAGCACCGCAGGGGAUAUUUGACACUAGCAGUGACAGUAACUCCGUGAAGCCAAGUGGAUUAUCGCCGCUGCCUUCUGGAAAGAGACCCUCCAUCGGGGAGGAUGAGGGUGGGGGCACAGAGGCAAAACUCUUUGGGAAAGGACUUGCAGCCACCUCCCUUCUUCAGAUUGCGAUAAGGAACGGGAUCUAUCAAAACCAAGUUGCCAACGCAAUCGGCGGUGUGGCAAAAAAUAUAAAUAUGCCUGCCGUGAAAACCGCCAACAUUUACAGUUUGACAUCAGUCAACAGCACCACUUCAGUCAACUCUUUGCUGAACAGAAGGCGGCACAGACACAAGAGGAACCUGUCUCUGGGGGCUCAGCCUUGCUCCAGCUCACCGGGGGUGUCCCCUGCUGAGUCGGCCAGCCCUGCUCACUCAGCCUCGCCGCUCAGCACGCUCAGUCUGGAUAGAAAGACAUUCCUCCGGCAGAAGCAGUCGAAGCAGCUUCAGGCCUCUGAUAAGUCAUGGGUGAGAUCCGACCGCCGGCGGGGCUGCAUACAUGUGCACGACUGGCUCACGCCCUCUUAUCCGAGACCUGUGCUGUGCACCUUGGACACCACUGCUAAAGAGGUAGCCAGUAAGCUGGAAGGGAGUAAAGCUGGAGCUGUGCUGAGAAUAAGCUGCAAGCCUGCUGCUGUAACAGACUUAAAUGAUGUUUGUAAUGAUAUUAAUGGACAUUCUGAUGACAUCAAAUGUCUUAAUGGUAAUGUAGAUGUAAAAAAAACAAAAUCAGAGGAGGAUGAACACCUAAAACAGUGUUAUUCUGAUUCUAAAUUGAGCUCCAACUUUCUGCAUGAUGACAAAACUGCAAGUAACUCAUCAUCUGAAAUCUAUCUGAAUGACAUUUGUGUGGAUUUGAGCCAGAGUGUGGCAGAAUGUUAUGGGCUGUAUUCAGGUUCAGACAUGGAGAGCAGCACCUGUGAUGACUUCAGCCCAGGUGGACCCAGAAGCACAGGGCACAGAGACUCACUCAGUGAUGGGGUGGGCUUGGGUACCGACUCCUCAGUGAUGAGUGCAAAUUGUGACAGUGCCACAGAGGGACCUGACCCAUUUGAAAGCUCCUCGGAUGAAGUAGAGCUCACCUCCUCUCCAACUCAUUUAUCUGACAACUCUGCUGCAGACCAGCAAGCAGACCUGCCUCCCUCAGACACCACUGGUGUUUCUCAACAAGUCACAAGACCAGAUGAAGACGGUGAACCUGAAAGUGGUGAUCCUACAGAUGUCCCUAAAUUAGUCAAUGCUCCCUCUAAAUUGCCCAGUAGCUCUCUUGCUCGGCCCCUGACCAGCCAAGCACUCAUCCAGCCUGACUUGGAGAUCCCCAGGGACGACGCAGGAAGCCCCGAGCCUAUCAAUACCAGUCCGACCCCUGCCAUCUUCAUCCAGCUGCAUGGAGGAGCUGUGCGGCGCCUGGGAGAUGAUGAAUGUCCUCUUCAGAUCCUAAACGAGUACCUAACUAAUCUGGGGUUUGAAGAUGAAUGGAGGGUUCAGGAGGAGGGGAUGAAUUCAGAAAUUGGAUGCCUGAUGCGCUUCUACUUUGGUAAGCCUCGCAGCGUGGGGGGUUCGGAGCGUGUGCAGCUCUCUGGGAUAUUCAACGUGCGGAAAGGGAAGCUGGCCCUGCCGGUGAACCGUUGGUCGAAGCGUCAGGUCACUCUGAGUGGAACCUGCCUGAUCGUCUCGUCUGUGAAACACGUCCACACUGGCAAGAUGCACAUCCUCCCCCUCAUCGGAGGAAAGGUGGAGGAAGUGAAGAGGCACAGCCACUGUCUAGCUUUCAGCUCUGCUGGACCUCAGAGUCAGACCUACUACAUCAGCUACGACUCCUACACUGAGCACCUGCGCUGGCACAGGAUGGCCUCCAAGAUCGCCUCUCAGAGGGUGAACUCUGUCGACCUGUCCUGCUGCAGCCUGGAGGAGCUGCCUGCUCAGCUGUUUUACAGCCAAGACCUCACCCACCUCAACCUUAAAAACAACUUUAUGUCCCCGCACAAAGGCGUUACAGCACUCACCAGAUUUUGUAAACUGAGAAGCCUCAGUCUGUCAAAUAACUCUCUGUCUGAGUUUCCUCUGGCCUUGUGCAACAUCACCUCGCUCACAGAGCUGAACCUCUCUGGAAACCGUCUCUGCAGUCUCCCUGCAGAAGUAGGAGCUAUGCAAAACCUGCAGACUCUUCUCCUGGAUGGAAACUUUCUGAGUUCACUGCCUGUGGAGCUGGGCUCUCUGGAGGGCCUGACCUACCUCGGUUUAUCCUUCAACUCCUUCAGCUGUGUCCCCCCCGUCCUGGAGAAGCUCAGAGGCAUGGAGAGGCUUUGUCUGGCAGGGAACCAGCUCUCUGUCCUGGAUCUGGCCGGGCUGCAGUGGCUGCCUGCUCACUACGUAGAUCUCAGGCUGAACCAGCUUCAGACAGUGAAGACUGCAGAUACAGAGCAGCUGCUCCACAUCAUCCAGCUGGACCUGAGGGACACUGGUCUACGGGAGCUGGAUGUCAGGUCCCUGUGUGAGCUGGAGCUGCUCCGCUGUGACAGAAAUUCACUCUCCCUCCUCAGAGUCAGCGGUCAUGCCCUCAAAAGCCUGCAUGCUGCACAGAACGAGCUAAGGGAGCUGGACGUGCAGCCUGCGCCAGAGAAUCUGACUGUUUUGGAUCUGUCCAGGAACAAGCUGCGAUGUGUCCCGGACUGGGUGUGUGAGAGCAACAGACUGGAGGUGUUGGACAUCAACCAUAACUGUGUCACCGAGCUGCCUGUUUGGCUGCUGUCCAGUGGGAGCCUGAGAAAACUGCUGGCAGGCUGGAAUGAUGUGUGCCGGCUGGCUGAGAGGGUGGAGAUAUCUCAGCUUGAAGUUUUGGACCUCCAGCACAACCACCUGACUGAGCUCCCACACAACCUGUUCAUCAAAGCUCAGAGCUUACGCUACCUGAAUGUGUCAGCCAAUAAGCUGGAGGACCUCCCUGCAGCCAGCCUGUCAGAGGACAACUUCACCAACUUGGAGGAGCUCUAUGUGACUAAUAACAGUUUGACAGACAAGUGUGUUCCUCUCCUGACUGGACAUGGCCACCUCAGAGUGCUCCACCUCGCCUACAACCAGCUGCAAACCUUCACUGCCAGUAAACUGGCUCGGCUGGAACAGCUAGAGGAGCUGGACCUGAGUGGCAACAGACUGAGAGCUGUGCCCACCACCAUCCUCAACUGUCUGCGCCUGCACACGCUGUCCGCCCACUCCAACUGUAUCAACACCUUCCCAGAGGUCCUCCAGCUGCCUGAGAUUAAGUGUGUUGACCUGAGCUGCAACGAGCUGACCGAGGUGACCCUGCCAGAGACGCUUCCUCCAAAACUUCAGGAGCUCGACCUCACAGGAAAUCCUCGACUCAACCUGGACCACAAAAGCUUAGAACUCCUCAAUAACAUCCGCUGUUUCAGGGUGGAUCCAUCUCCUUCAGCUGCAUGUGCAAGUGAGAGCCACGGGGCCCCUGCAGUCUGGAGUCACGGCUACACAGAGGCCUCCGGAGUCAAAAACAAGUUGUGUGUGGCGGCUCUGGCCCAGGAUAGUUUCUGUGGGAUCCGCGAAGCUAUUUAUGGAGUUUUUGACGGAGACAGGAACGUCGAGGUUCCUUACCUACUGCAGUGCACCAUGGGAGAUGUGUUAGCAGAGGAGCUUCACAGAGGCCAGAGGCAGGAGGACUACAUGACUAACACUUUCCUCACCAUGCAAAGGAAACUGGGCACCGCGGGCCAGAGGAUGGGCGGCUCAGCAGCUUUGUGUCACAUCCAACACGACCCGGUGGCUCCCGGUGAGCACAGCGGCUGCUUUACACUGAAGGCAGCCAACGUCGGCAGGUGCCAGGCCGUGCUGUGCCGGGAUGGCAAAGCUAUGCUGCUGUCCAGCAUCCACACAGUUAAAGAGGAGUCAGAGUACCAGAGGGUCCGACAGCAUAACGCCAUCAUCACCGAGGAUAACAAAGUCAGCGGUGUAACAGAUUCCACCAGAAUUCUGGGUUAUUCCUUCCUCUGUCCCUCUGUGAUGCCCCGCCCCCAUGUCUCCAUGGUGACACUCACCCCACAAGAUGAGUUUUUCCUGCUGGGCAGUCGGGGGUUGUGGGACCUGUUGUCUCCCAGCGAGGCGAUCGAGGCAGUCAGGAACGUUCCGGACGCUCUCGCUGCAGCCAAGAAGCUGGUGACUCUGGCUCAGAGCUACGGCUGCUCCGACAGCCUCAGCGCCGUCGUCGUGCAACUCAGCAUCACCGAGGACUGCUGCUGCUUCUGCGAGCCGCCACCUCCACCACCCAGCCCCGGCCCAGGCGCUCACCCGUACUCGUCCAGCAGCGACGGCGGUAUACCACUGCCAACAGCCUCCUCUGGAACCAUGAGCGAGCUGAGCAGCGAGUUCAGCACGUCUGAGAUGAGCAGCGAGGUGGGAUCCACUGCGUCCUCAGAGGAGCCGCCGCCACAGACUGAAACGUUGACUUCCCAUCUGACACCCCAAGGCCGAGCUUGCGUGCGCAGACCAGCCUGCAGGGGAGGGAGCUUCCAUAGACAGUUCUCCGGAGCGCUGUCUGACAACGGGCUGGACAGCGAGGACGAGGAGCCCAUUGCUGGUGUGUUUUCCAACGGCAGCCGAGUGGAGGUGGAGGCUGACGUCCACUGUCUGCUCCGCCAUGACUGCGCUCACAGUCACACGCUAAGCGGAAACAAUCCUCCCGUUACAUCUGUUAACGAGCCUUCACCUCCAACCAUGACCUCCCCGUCUCCUUCCCCCAUCCCUCCUUCCUCACCUUCUCUGAGCAGCGAGGCUAGGUUGGGAACUCUGGGCCGCAGGGCUCGAGCUAACGGCUCUGUAGCCUGCCACGGCAGGAGCCAGGACCUUAUUGAGGAAGCAGCAGACGCCCCUGUCAGGAAGCAGGGGGGCUAUUUUAAUGCUCCCGCCCAGCCGGACCCUGAUGACCAGCUCAUCAUCCCACCUGAACUGGAGGAGGAAGUCCGGCAGAUCAUCCAGCAGCAGCAGCAGGAGCAGAUGCAAACGCACAACCAGCAAGCUCACGCUUACCAGAAACCUGCAGAUUACUUCGUCACACCUCUCUGACUGCUACCGACUAGCAGCCUCCAUCAGAUUUAGGUUUCAGAGGUGAAGUCCACUCAGCAUUAAGGUCACUCCAAAACCUAAGAGUACUCUGAACACAUUUUUGGACCACAAACUCUUUUCUUAAGGUUUUGUUACUCACCUUUUUUUUUUACUAGUAACUCGAAGCCCUUGAAGCACAAUGCAAUUUUUAUAACACUUUAUGUUGCUUAAAUCUUCACAUGUAAUUAAUUUUUACCAUAUCUAUCAUAUGAAAAAGCACUUUGCUUACUAGACUUUUGAGAUCAGCUCUAUGUCGAACGGUACUUUGAGAUUCGGACCACUCUGUUUUUGUGUUCUAGCAGAGAUUUCCCGUUGGUUGUGGCUGAUGGCCUUACAGUUGUGAGAGUUAGUAACUGUUUAACUAACUCUUAGGAGUUUAAUACUUUAAAGUGACCCAGUCACUGAGGCAUACUAAUAUUCUCUGAGAGAAAAGAUUAUUUCUGAAGGCUGAUAUUCCAAGUUUGUGUUCUCUGGGUGCAACGAGUCCAGAGUGGUGCUGCAGUGGUGAGUAAAUGCUGAUCGUAGUUACUACCAGCUCAAUGAAUGUUCUCAGAACAGUGUUACAGACUUCCUGACAAAGCGAACUGCACAACAGAGCUACUUUUGCUAUGUAAUAAAUUAAAGUUUUCAGAUAA